GUGGUGAAGCUUCUUGAGGAUAGCCAGGAGAAUAUACAAAUGAGAGAGAAUACAAAUCUCAUAGAUUAUGUCUACAUGGAUAAUGCUGCCUAUGUUCACUUUUUGGCCAUUGACCAUUUACUCAUGAGUGCUGAAAUCAUUGCUGAUCAAUUAUUUUUCAUCACCAAUAGAGAAUUGAUGGCACAGUAG